CUUUCUGGAGGUUGAUGAUCACGAAAAAAUUCAAAUGGCAUUACACAGCCUGGCUUAUCGAUCUAAUCCCACAUCUGCGCUUUAUCUAAAAUUAAUUUCCAAAGAUUGUCCAUACUUUGCUUUGAAAAGCUUGAGAUGUCAGUAUUCAAGUCUUAGUGCAUUGUCUAAACACUCUCCAGCAUUAAACUACAACUACAAGAGAGAAGAAAAAUGUACAGCUUCAUCAACCUUAUUAAAACCUAUGUUAUGCAUUAGUGGUUUGUAUAAGCAUAGCCAGUUAAUACCCAAGCUGUUGAUUUGCACACAACCAUUUGGAGAUAAGUCCAGUUAUACUAACAGCACAACAGCAAGCUCGAGCUAUAACAGCAUUGUUGUAAGGACGUACGCACAAGACCACACGCUGAAUAUUUCUACUGACAACAGCGAAACGCAUUCACAAAAAUCUAAGAGUAAUAGAGAAGAAUGGCCUUCACCUGAAAUGAAACUACAUUUAACUAAUUUAGUUUCUACUAUGUUUAAUAGCCAACACGAAUAUAGUCUCAUGCGUAAGGAUAUUGUUUUAGAAAACAAUUUAUUUGGUGAAGAAAAAACAAGCAGUGGCGUGUUUGCCUAUGCUAUUGAACUACUAAGAAUCAGACUCAAAUUUCACUCUCACCACACAAAAAUAACAAUUGAGGUUAAAGACAGUGAGGUUUCUGAAUCAGAUAAAAAUGUGUUUUUGGUGUACUGGAAAAUGAUGGGGGUUCCUCAAAACAGUGUUUUUAAGUUUUGGCAGAACUUUAAUUUUCAGGCCUCAAAAAAAGAUUUUACUGAAUUACUGCAUGGCGUCUCAUAUUUUCACAUCGGUGAUGAUGGAUUCAUCUCUAAACACAGACUUGACAAAGCUGCACCUCACAAGAAAAUUGACAGCCAGGAUAAGACUAUUUCGCAGAUAAAUCUCGGUCUUAAGGAAUGAUGAUAGUUAAUGUAAAAAUUCAUUGGAUAUUCUUAUUGCUGCUAACCCAAUGACAUUUUAAAGACUCCAAUGAAAAGGCUAAUGCUAAGAUUGUUUUUUACAUUUACUGAAAUGUUUUUCAUUUGUCACUUAUUUUGAUUGAGAAAAACAAGUGACAUGUUUGUAUUUGAUGUGAAGUAUUUGCUAAUGUAAUUGUACAGUAGGUCUAUAUGAUAUAUAUAUAUA